CAGGCUGGAAAGAACGUCAUGCAUCCGGACUACGAAAAGAAAGUGCCGAAAGGCGUGGAGGUGCGCACAUCUCCCCGAUCGUCUAACACCAUCUCACUGGCGAGCUUUCGACCCCAUGGAAGCUUUGCACUGUUCAUUCAUCCGAUACUUGUUCUUGCAUACCUCAGGUCGCGUCCGACGACCCGCGGCUGACAUCCUCUUUCUUCUCGCAGCGUGCCAACAUUCUCAAGGAAGUCCAAAUCAUGCGCCAACUUGACCAUCCGAACGUUGUCAAGCUCGUAGACUUCACCGAAUCUCGUCAAUAUUACUACAUCGUCCUUG